GUCACUGUACUAUUCAACAAUCACUAUCUGGAGUCUCCACAGGACUGGGAAUUGUGUAUUGUAGAUACGUCUGAUGAGACGUAUGGUGCGUGGGUAUACGACAAGAAGGAUUCUCUGAAGGUUUUGAACGUUCAGAAGUCCUCUACAGAGCUCCAUCCCGUUAAGGAUGAUAAGGAUCAAAGUCAGGAGUCCAUACAUGAAACAAGUGCCGUUGGUGGCACAUUUGACCACUUCCAUGACGGGCACAAGAUGUUGCUUACAGCAGCAGCCUUUGUCACUAAGACUAAGCUCAUCAUUGGAGUGACUGACCACGAAUUGUUGAAGAACAAGAAGUACCCUGAGCUACUUCAGAGCUAUGACGAAAGGGUUAAAGUAAUCACCAAAUUCGUACGUCGUAUUAAACCAAACUUGAAUGUUGAUCCUGUUCCUAUUCGUGACGUUUGCGGUCCAACUGGUACAAUUGCCGACAUUGAUUCCCUAAUAGUAAGUAGGGAGACCAUAAAAGGUGCAGAGUUUAUCAACAAGACCAGGCUCGAAAGGGGAUUUAGCGAGUUGAAAGUCCACAUCAUCAAUGUCAUCGGUGGUGAAGAAGACGAUGGGUUCGUCAAUAAGCUAAGUAGCACACAGUUGAGAAAA